GGUAAUAUCUUAAAUUAAAAACUCACCCUUUGCAGGAUAAAAGAAUAAUGUAAGUUCUUAAUUGCAAAUCACAGCUAUGUACAACAUGCAAAGGAGAUUUCCCUCAUGUGAACACAAUGUAAAGCGAAUACGAACUUGCAAAACUAGUGUCUCCCAGUACCCUGUGAUAUUUUCAGUUGAAGUUCCUUCACUCCUUGAAUUGUGUGCUCUGAAAAUUUCACAGCAGCUUCCUGUCAAUCAACUUUCCAAAAACUAUUUACAGAGUAAUUCACUCAAUAACAAAGUUGCCCACAUUUUGUUGCAUUACUUGGACGAUGAGCAGAUCAUUGAUUUACUAUCAUCAGCUGAUUCAUUUCUGUGUUCACCUGGACUCUGUCACCUGAGUGAGCUCUGUCUCUCAAAAAGAAAAAUUGAUGGUUUGAUUCCAGAAGAUGUAAUGAAGAUUUUAAGUCAUAACAAAUUUGAUGCAUUGACCUUGUCAGAGUCUGACUUGACUCAUACAACUUUGGACCAUCUUGCUGGGACUCAACGAAACCUAUUGCAUUUGGACAUAUCUUACUGUUUGUGCGUCGAAGUGUUUGAUUCUGUCUUUGCCUUCAAGAAUCUCUCCUACCUGAACCUAGAAAAGACUCUUUUUAAACUGACACCUACAUCUGCUCAUAAAUUUUUCAUGUUGAAGAACUUACGGUGGUUGGGUUUAUCAAAAUUGAAGAAACACAAUCAGGAAUCUAAGCUUCCUUUGCAGCUCCUGACAAGUGUAACAGCUCAACUCACUGGAUUAGAUCUCAGUGAAACGUGUUGGGAUAUCUCUCAACAUCACAAACUUACCCAUUUCAGAUGUUUGGAAUACCUGGAUAUCUCGCACUAUCCGGAGCCACAAGGCCAGGAACGGUUCCCUGUAAGAUUUGAUGACAUUAUAUCACAAACUCUCUCCUCCAUGUUAACCCUUAAAUCUCUGGAUAUCAGCGGAUGUCAUAUUCAUCAGCAAGAGAACAUUUACAAGCUAAGAGAUCUGAAGCUGGAAUUUCUGGGGAUAGUGGCACAAGAUGACCUCUUCUUUAUUCAAGACGUGGAUAGUUUGGCUGUCAAGGUGGCUUCACACAGAAAGUUGGAACACAUCCUGGUGCUGAUUAACAAGUACAAAAACAACGUUGGGGUACUGGAGCAGGCUCUGAAGAACUUGUUUACCUUACACCGCAACAGGAUAGAGCUGGGAUACAGCUCAGCUCAUAUUGAGCCCCAACUAUUUGAGGCAGUACUUUGCACACUUGAGCGCUAUCCUGCUGGAGAGCAAAUUCAACAUAUCGCAUCGGCGUGUUUGUACACAUUGAACAGCAGUAACGACAUGACGGUGCUAGCCUCGGAACCCUACCCGGGAUACGAUAAACACGUGCGCAGGGCAAUAAUCCUCCUCAUCAUCAGCAUCAACAUUCACACUUCCCAGUUUGACGUGCUCAGGAACUGUAUGGGCAUGUUGUCUCAGUUCUCUGUCUAUCAGAAGGAGUUUAUGUUUUACGAGAUUGUACACAGCUACAUUUACGUGUUGGAACGCCAGAAGGGUAUUCUGGAGCGGAGCCCGGUUCUUUCAAUCGAGGAUUUGGCCAGAGACAAAGCGAACAGAAUCAGCACACUAACCGUUAAAGCUAUCAAUACUAGCAUCUGUCAGAGCGCGUGUGGUAAGAAGAACACUGUAGGGAAGAUGAAACUGAUAGAAACAAUACUGAGCAUAUCCAGAUUGGGCUUCUCCAUGUUCCGACAGUCUCCUCACGAGACGGAUGGCAUCAACUUCUGUGAUCUCCUCCUUGAGACCUGGUCCACUCUCUGGAACAUUACUGAUGAGCAGGCGGGGAACUGUGACAGAUUUGUGGAGUACGGAGGUUUGGAGCUGUAUCUCGAUACCUACUUCGUGUGCUCCCAGGUAAAGACAGACGACAGGAGAGUUACGAUAAAAAUAACAACUCUAAUUAGAAAUAUGCUGGGUCUCAUGGGGAAUAUAGCAGAAGUUUCGCACGUGCGACCGAAACUUCUAGAAUCAGAGGACAUGAUAAAGUCGUUCUACAUGUUGAGAUCUUAUAAUAAGGAGAGUGAUAGCGAGUGUGAUAUUAUUGAGAUACGAUACAGUGCUGCAGGUAUAUUGUCUCAUAUCUGCUCAGACGGUCCUGACAAGUGGCAGUUUGGGGACGAGGAACUAUCUUAUAACACUGUACUUAAGGGUAUUGAAGAAGCAGUUGACUCGUGGAACAUAAACUCUAAAAGAUCGAUUAACUACAAGUCAUUUAAUCCGAUACUCCACAUCCUAAAAGUGGACUGUCCCUAUCCUUGCAAGCUAUGGGCGGUCUGGGCUCUUACCAAUCUGUGUCAGACAAAAGCUGGCAGGUUCGUGCCCAUGUUGCGGAGAGAUGGAGGUGUAGAACUACUAAACAAACUGAAAGAAGCUCCUGACUGUCCAGACAACAUUAAGCGUCUCUCCACCAUCACCAUCAUGAAGGCGUACGACCCGAAUAUAGGCCCUGACAUUGAGGAAACGUGACCCCAAUAUGGGCCCUGACAAGCUGAGCAGACGUGACGAGUAACAAAUAAUGGGGACCAUUUUAAUGCAUGUCAGGAGGGAGAGCUGCUGGAAAUGUUAGACAAAAUAGAAACUGAGAGCCCCCCCCCCCCCCUCCAGCUGAGAGAACAAUAAAAGAAUAAACAAUUUCUUAGUUUUACGCAGUUUUUAAGGGCGGAUAAAGUAAAGUUUUUAGUUUUAAAUCUUUAAAUCUUUAAAUUGUAAUGGCUCCGUUUUAAAUGAAUUAAAAAACCUGCAUCAAUCACUGACUGCCGAGAAACUCAAUUGUUAGUACCUUUUAGAUAACGAAACUAAAACUAGCAUGUUAAAUAUUGAGAUUUAUCUGAAAUAUUAAAAAUUGGGUUGUUUCACGAUACAAUCAAAGCCUGGCGGAAGAGAAAUUAAUAAUUUUUUGACGAAUAGUAAGAACAAAUUAUCAACCGAAUUAAAAUGAGAAAAACCUCUACUUUUUAAUUGUAAAAUUUAAAUAAAAUGUUUUUAUCCCGACCCCAAAUCUCUCAUUUGAUUUGUUGUUUAAUUUAAUCAUUUGUGUCAUAAUGGAACAAUUAAGCAAUGAAGAUUAGUGUUAAAAAACAGAAUGAUCGACUUGGAGGCUGCUAUUUGAAUUGUUGUGUGUUACUGUUAGUGACAUUUCGUUGGCAAAAUGAGAUUGAUUUUAUUUUCGAGGUGUUUUUCAACAUUAUUUUUAUCGAAAGUGAGACGAAGUUUGCUUGUUUCUAUUUCAAUACACAAUAAAAUUUCAAGAUUUAUUAUUUUCUUGAUCAUUUUUACAAGUUUAAAAAUUGCUGACAUCCUAAUUGAGAAUUCGAAACCUUCUUGUAAGUGAAACACAUCAUCUUAAGAAAAUGUUUGUAAAAUUAUAAAAUAUCUUAUCAUUUAGUGUCGCGAAAUAUUGAUCAUGUAUGAAUGAGAUGUUACCGUUGAAAUUUAUCUAUUUUCAAAAA